AUGGCAGCUGGGAAAGGGGGCUCGACAAAACUCGUGGAUGUCUGGGGCGAAGACACUAUUUAUUCAGAGUGCCUCUGCGCCCCCGAAGAUGUGCUAUACGAAGGCUCGGAAGAUGAUGGUUACGAAAGCUCUUCUAUCAGAAAGCGACGAUACGAGGCCGCCGGGCAGCGUUUCUUGGCCGGUACGGUUCCUUUUCUCCUUUCAGCGUCAAUGAAGGGACCGUUUGAAGGCUCCUCGGGAUGGAAAAACCCGUGGCUUUCCAAGCGACACAACGCCAGCAUCGAGCAAACGACAGAUUCAUCUCUAUUGGAAAAUGGAAGAAGUGCGGAACAGCGAGGUCCGAGGCAGAUCCACGAUAGGCAAGAUGUUGCAAUCCAGCUUCCUCCCGCCAUUAACUGCCAUUUGCCGAGCCCUGAAAGCCUUAAGCAGGCUCCAUACACUCAGAAGCAUCCUCAUCUUGGAAAAGAUGAGUUUGAAAUGGUCUGCCGCUGGAGAGAAGAUGUAAAGCAGCCGCCUUUGAAAAAGGAUGAGUGCUGGGCAGCCGUCAGCAUGAAUAACGCUCCACCAGCUAAGAAAAGGAGCGCAUCGGAUUCCGAGUGGCUGAAGAAGACACCGGCGAAGAAACCGAAGUCCAAGUCCGAUCGGAAAGAUGAGCAUUCAGGGCGAAUUGAAGAAGACGUUGACGAGCUCAUGGCGGAUGAACCAUCAAGCAAUUUUGGCGACACACCACCGUUCAACUCCCCCUCCAAGCGGCCAUCUCCCAAGCCAGCAAUGCGCAGGAGCAGAGGGAAGAGAAUUUGUGAAUCUGACGAUGAGCUGAGUCCUAGCAAGGCCGCUGCUGCCGCUGCCCUGUCGUCUCCCGUGUCGUUACGCAAAGCUUCCGUGACUUCAACCCCCACGAAGAAAGAGCAGUCCUUAAACCAUAUUACCUCAUCCGCAAGCACACCAACCACGCCAUCACGCUUGCGUCACAUGAGAGUGAAUGUUGUCGAAAGCAGAAACGAUACAACCCAAUCUGAGGAUGUGUUCAUUGAUCAACAGAGUUCGGUAUCUAUUAUCAGAGCCCGCGAAAAUGAGCAGAAUACCGCCAAGGGGGCAUGUCAGUUUGAACGCAUCGGAGCGUUGUCGAACGGUAAUGACGGAGUAUUCGCUGGUGAACAGCUGGGACGAGUGAAUGACAAGCCCGGUAAUCCGACCUUGGGCAUCGAACCAAAACGAGACAUUUCAAUCCUUCAACAGACGAUCAGCAAGGGGCAAAGUUUUGACGGGCAAAACAUAGCACCUGUUCUAAAUUCUGACGAAACACGUAUCGAUUCGAACGACGAGAAUCCUAUCGCACCUGAACAGUUGAACAAAACUAAGCGCGGCACACGCCGGAUCAUGUCGGAUGAUGCUAUUUCCACACCCAAAGAGUAUGAAAAAGGCGGUUCAAAGGCCUCUGAAGACGUUGAAACUAUCAGUUCUCAAUCGAAGCUUCCGAACCUUGGCCCGCUUCGCAAUCCAAGAAACGAAUGUCAGGCGCUGGCAGGCAUCGCUGAUUGUAGCAAAGGUUUGAGUCAAGUGGAGUCUUCUCCCCCUCGGAAUCGACUUACACCACCUACGACAAAGUCAUCAUCAUCAUCUAGUCAAAUACCUGAGCACCUGCCCGUAUCAGGAGACGAUUUCUCAAAAGGGACGACAGCCGCGGCUGUGCGAGAGGAUUCAGCAAAUCUUGCGACCGAAUACCCAGAAGAGACUUUGCCAAUGCAAUACGGGAUCCUAAAUGACCAAGGAAAGCAUAACGACAUGGCUAUUGACAUGGGCUACAAUCCCAUCAAUUCACGAUUGGACAGCAGGUCAAAAGUCGCAGAAACCGAACCAAUUGCGUUUGCUUCCCAGCAAAGUCCCUGGGCAAAGACUGACGAAAUGAUGAUGCCCAGAAAGCCUCUAGAAUCCGUCUCUCCCAACCUUUCCAAGGCCCGUUUACUGACUACCUUGCAAACGGAGCUUGAGGCCUCCUCCGUUCUUGUUCCAGAUGUUCAAAGCCCUUGGUUCCGCGUUGAGAAUUGCCUUGCCUCCAGUUUCAACAGCAAAAGGGUUACGGAUGAGGGAGUAACCAAGCCGUCAGCACCACAGCAAAGGCCGCGGACACCGGAACCUCAAUUCUGCUUCAAGCCGUUUUCGUCAUUCCUGUCACCAUCGCCUAAACGGCCGCGAAACAGCCAGAAAUGGUCCUCCGGCGCCCCCGGGUCACGCUCGUCAAUCUUGAAAACCAGAUGGAGCCAACCUCGCAAGGCAGGGCGGGUUUCUUGGGCUACUCCGCUUCGGCAGGCUCAGGGCAUUUCGGUCACGGGCCAGGGGGACGAAGAGAUGCCAGCAUCUUGUCCAAGGGAACGAAACAGGUCGCCUCCCCCAGAAACAUCGUCGAUCAGCGACCUUGCUACCGGCGUCGGGAACAAGUUCUCGAAGCACUUUGAAGCGAUGACAAAGGGGACGAAUGGCUUCUGCGCAAAACUGCUGCCUAGCGCCUCGCAGAGUACGACAACAAGUCCUGGACAUGGAGCUAUGGCUGAGACGUUUUUAGCUGCAGAAGCCGGGGCUAUCGCGCAAGACCAAGCAGAAGAUGAAGAAGAGCGGGCAACUGGUGAGGAAGGUCUUGACGAUGGAGCUUCCGAAGAACCUAUGGACAUUGUUGAGGACAUGUUUCGGGAAAUGGGCGACUUUUGGGACACGUGGGAUAUCGACACGGAAAUGGAAGAAGCUCGUAAAGCUGGCAACAAGGACGGGCGCCACAUCCACCAUACCAUGUAA